AUGACACCUCUUCUACUCCUGCUGAUCUUUCUGCUCACCCCAUCUUCAGCUUUUCUUUCAGAGGAGAUCAUCGGGGGUCAUGAGGCCAAGCCCCAUUCUCAUCCCUAUAUGGCCUUUGUCCAGUUCCUGGAUGGAGAGGAGAUGAAGAGAUGUGGUGGUAUCCUGGUGCGAAAGAAAUUUGUACUGACAGCUGCACACUUCAAGGGAAGCUCAAUAAGUGUCAUCCUGGUGGCCCACAAUAUCCAGAAGCAAGAGAAGACCCAGCAGGUAAUCUGUGUGAAGAGAGCCAUUCCACACCCAGAAUAUACUCCUGAAACCUUCUCCAAUGACAUCGUGCUGCUGCAACUGGAGAGAAAGGCCAAGCAGAAUAAAACUGUGCAGCCCCUCAGACUGCAUGAGGACAUGAGCCAGGAGAAUUCAAGAGACUCAUGCCUGGUGGCAAGCUGGAGAAAAAUCACCCCAUUGGGUCCCUUAGCAAGCACACUGGAGCUAACAGUACAAGACAAAUGAAAAUGCCAAUCUUCCAUCCAUGCCUACUCUACUCUCACUGAGAUUUGUGUGGGAGACCCAAGGAAAACAAAGACUGGUUUCAAGGAGGACUCUGGGGAUCCCCUUGUCUGUAAGCACAUGAUCCAAGGCAUUUUCUCCUAUGGAAAAAAGGCUGGGAAUCCCCCAGGAGUCUUCAUGAAGGUCUCCCACUUCCUGCCUUGGAUAAACAAGACCAUGGAGCAGUUCUAA